AUGUCCGUUAUGUAUAUGAAAGCUAAAGAGGGCAAACGUAGCGCAACUAAACUUCCCCGUGCUACACGGACAUUUCGACCUGGCAAGCCCGCGAACCACACGGCUCUCGACUUGCAAAAUCUUUAUAUCGAAAAGCUUUUGUCAAUAGAUGGCCCCCCGGUCUAUUUUGCCUGCAAUCGCGCAACCCGCGACGUUGAUUUCAAUUUCGAAUUCGUCAGUUGCUACAAAAUGCAUAAGGGUGUCACCCCAGUGGAUGCUAGUUUCCAUGCCGGUUGCAGCUGUUUCGCAGAAAAAUGUGAUUUGAAUAUAUGCACUUGUCCUUCGCAAGAGGAGGGGUCGGACCAAAGAAUUGUGCCAUACAAAGUUGGCGAUAAUGGCGCCGUUGUUUUACGAGAAGAUUUCAUGGAGCGAAUGUCCAUGAUCUAUGAGUGUUCUAUGUUGUGUAGCUGCAGCUCGACUUGUAUGAAUCGAGUUGUUGAGAGAGGACGAAGAGUCAGGCUUGAAAUAUUUGAAACUCGGAAUCGAGGCUUUGGGUUAAGAUCAAAGAAUUCUAUUCAAGCAGGCCAAUACAUUGAUUGCUAUCUUGGAGAAUUACUUACAAAAUCCGAAGCCGAUAAUCGGGAAAGAGCUAUCUCCAACAAAGCUAGUUACUUAUUUUCACUAGACUUUCUCGUUGAUGAUGAGGAUGUGUAUGUAGUUGAUGGGCGGAAAUUUGGCUCUGUUACUCGGUUUAUGAAUCAUUCUUGCAACCCUAACUGCAAAAUGUUUCCCGUGUCCCACAAGCAUGCGGACCAGCGUAUAUUUGGUUUGGCUUUUUUUGCUUUAACUAAUAUCCCAGCAGGUACAGAACUUACAUUUGAUUAUCAUCCUAAUUGGAAUCCAAUAAAGGAUGGAAAAGAUAUUGAUCCUGAUGCUGUCAAAUGCUUGUGUGGGGAAAAAAACUGUCGUGGUCAACUCUGGCCUAGUCAGAGAAAAACUUUGCAAGAGGACUGA